GUUCCUCCUACUUCCAAGCAACCUAGCCAUGGCCGACGACACUGUCCUGCCCAUACCGAAUCUCAGCCUCCCACAACACCUUGUGAUCCUCGGUUUGCAAUCCCGAGUUUAUGGGGAAUCCCAACGACUUGCCUUGGAGAAAACACCAGGCCUUGGGUCAAGGAUAGACAUUACCCUGACUCUCAUCCGAAUAGGUUUCUUCUUUGGAGAUAAUACCCUCAUCACCGAGAACCUUGCCGGGGCGGAAAAACUCAUCGAGGAAGGGGGUGAUUGGGACAGACGGAAUCGUCUCAAAGUGUAUCGUGGCUUACACGCAGUUUCCAUUCGGCAGUUUAGAUUGGGCAGCGAGCUGUUGCUCGAUGCUCUGUCCACGUUUACUGCUACGGAACUCAUCUCCUAUAAUGACUUCGUUGCACUCGCCGUGAUCAGCAAUACGCUUACCCUCCCAAGGGUAGACUUGAAGAAAAAGCUCAUUGCCUCUCCUGAAGUCAUCUCGGUUCUUCCAGAACUGCCUGUUUUGGAAGAUCUUCUGCGGAAUCUCUAUGACUGCCACUACGCAAAAUUUUUCGUAGCGCUAGGUACGCUCUCACCGCAAUCCUUAUCAAUGAACCCACACAAACUGACCCACGCUCGAUACUACGUGCGCGAAAUGCGUAUCCUCGCCUAUGCGCAACUAUUGGAAUCGUAUCGGAGCGUGACGCUGGAGAGUCUCGGUGGCGCGUUUGGCGUGAGCGUUGACUACAUCGACAGGGAACUCUCGCGGUUCAUUGCAAAUGGGCGGUUGCAUUGCACGAUCGAUAAUGUGCAUGGGAUCGUGGAGACGACAAGACCGUCGAUCAAGACGGCACAGUAUGAGAAAGUGGUCAAGCAGGGGGAUGUACUGUUGAAUUCCCUGCAGAGACUCAGCAAAGUACUGUAUUGAUCA